AUGAUAGCUCCGUGCCGGAUGGUCCAUGGCGUAUUGAGUAGAAACGCGGAAGGUUACGCUCUUUCCGUUUUGCUAAGUGAGAAUAGUAAGACGAAAGAGGUGAAACACUACAAGAUCUAUCAGUCGCUUUCGGGAAACUCGUACUUCUUGAAAGAAAAGCAUCCAUUCCCUUCCAUCAAAGCUCUCAUUGAGUACUAUUCCGCUUUUGCUCUCGGGCAUGCCAGAAAUCGAUGUCGUCGACUGGGAGAAAAAUACCGUGUACUUGAAGUAUACGCGCUCAAGCAAACAAAUUCAUUGGUUCUGGAAGGUGAGUACCUACCCCGUCUCCUCGUGCUUAUUAUAUAG